AUGAGCUCUAGAGGAAGCGGCGCGCACAGCGGCGCCAGCACCCCCUGCCGAGACCAGCAGCGCAGGUGCGAGCCCGACCGCCCAUUGGCGCCUUCCUUCCCACGUCACCAGAAGGAGGAUUUCUUCUGGACGCAGAUGCUGUUCGGUCUAAGCAAUAUCACCAAGGUCUGCAAAUCGUGA